GACAGUCAAGGAAACACUCGACCAAAAUACAAUGUGAGUAAAUUCUUUUUGUGAUGUUUAAAACCGUCUUCACAGCUGCCUAUAAUCAACAGGUAGCGGUUUUCGCCAGCUUAAAGAACUGGACGAGGAAGGCUCUAUACAAUGAAAUCGAUCUGUUCACCCAAGCCUGCUACUCCCAAAUCAUUCCUGGACUGUACCUCAGCAACGCCAGAGCAGCAGCCGAUAAGGAAGUACUCAGACGACUAAGCAUCACCCAUAUUCUGACGGUCGAAAAUCGGAAGCUGCCAAGAAGCGCGUUGGAAGAUGGAAUCAGCAAUUUGUUUAUCAAAGCAUCCGAUACGUCGGACACGAAUCUUCUGCGAUACUUUCCGCUAUCUAAUUCUUUUAUUGACGAAGGGCUGAGUAAAGGGAACGUGAUUGUGCACUGUCACUUCGGCGUGUCCAGAUCUGCGACCUUGGUCAUCGCGUACUUGAUGUACAAGUACAGGUUGCCUUUCGAUCAAGCGUACAACAUCGUGAAGCAGAGGAGGAAGUUCAUCCAUCCGAACCCCGGCUUCGUCAGGCAGUUAAAGCAGUACGAGCGAGCGAACUACAGAGUGGCCGGCUUCAAAAAAUUGGAGGCGUUUUGCAACGUGAACGCCAGAAACAUCAAAAUAGCGAUAUCCGUUGUGGUUAUUUUUGCAGCGGUAUUUAUACCCAUAGCUCUUAUUAUGACAUUAUUAUAGCUGAAAUCACGUAACUGGAAA